UCAGCUGAUUGCUAAGCAGAUAGGUUGUGCAGUGUUUCUAACAAGUCUAAAGGACGCAGCAGCUCGGUUGACACUAAACUCUGGACACCAUCAAGUCAACAGCAGUGGAAGAAAUCAAAAUGGAUUUUUUAAAUGAAGAUGUUUAUGACUAUGACUAUAACUACAGUAAUGAAGGCAAUUACACUCCACAAGAUGAGUCAGUUUUUCAGCACCAAUCAACAUGUUUAAAGGAAGUCUUGUGUGUGUCUUUACUCGUGGUCAGUGUGGUCAUAUUUCUGCUGGGCUUCUGUGGAAACAUGCUGGUCAUCUGGAUUUCUGGCUUCAAGAUGAAGAAGACGGUCAACACCACCUGGUACCUGAGCCUUGCGAUCUCUGACUUCGUCUUUUGCGCCUUCCUCCCGUUCAGCAUCACCAACAUGGCGAUGGAUGAGUGGAUCUUUGGCCAAUUCAUGUGCAAAUUCGCCCCCUCUGUUAUGUUCCUCAACAUGUUCAGCAGCAUCUUCCUCCUGGUCGUCAUCAGCGUCGACCGCUGUGUGUCAGUCAUGUUUCCAGUUUGGGCUCAGAACCAUCGCACUGUUAAAAAGGCAUCCAUUGUUGUUGUCAUGUCCUGGCUUCUCGCCAUCGUGCUGUGCUUUCCCUCUGUCAUCUUCCGGGAUGUUGGCAGUCACAUGGGUAGGACCAUUUGCCACAACAAAUAUAAAUCAAACGAACACCUGAUAGUUGCAGUGAGCCGCUUCCUUGCAGGGUUCAUUGUCCCUUUCUUCGUCAUCGUCAUCUGCUACUCUAUCAUCAUCCUCAGACUUCGAACCAACAGGAUGACCAAAUCUUCCAAACCCUUCAAAGUCAUGUCUGCACUCGUCGCUGCUUUCUUCAUCUGCUGGCUGCCCUACCACGUGUUCGUCCUACUUGAGCUCAACCAUCAAAACUACGACCACCGCUUUUUAACUGCUGGACUCCAAAUAGGCACUUCUUUGGCUUCAGCAAACAGCUUCCUUAACCCAGUGUUGUAUGUUUUCAUGGGCAAUGACUUCAAGCGGAAGUUCAAGAGCUCUGUGCUCUCAAAGAUGGAGAACGCAAUGGUAGAGGAAGGUCGAACCACCAGCCGAUACCUUUCCAGGUCCAGCUCCAUGGACGGCAGAGCUUCUACACACAUCUAGAGACAUUAAUCCAAAACUGUAUAUAUACUGUUACAAAUAUGCAAUAACUAAACACAACAUAUAAUUCAAUUCUACAAUUCACAAUGCUUAUGAGCAUUUCUGUUGCACUUUUCUACUGUUGGCAUGUUAGCAUGGAGAAAGCUGUUGCCAAUUCAGGCUCACAAACAUAAUGUAGUUGAAGAAUCUGCGAGCUUGAGCCAAUAUCUAAACUUGUACUUUACUCGUGCACUGCAGGGCGACAUCAAUCUCAUCCAGCAGAAGGAAUAUUUUCAGAGCAGUAUUUGUGGAAGGUUUUGCAGGCAGUUUUUACUGCAGCACAAAAAGGAAUUUAAGUUGUAAAAUACAAGGUCUGUAAAAUAUGAUGGACAGUAUAUUGUCUCAUAAUAAACAUAAAAAUAUAUUAUCAUUAUUUCAAGCAAUGUCUGAAAUUAUAUUUAGUAAAAUGAUGCCUCAAGGAGCUCCUUUCACAAAAAAUGUGUGUGUAUAAAUGGUGACAGUAUAGAUUUAAGAUUGCAGAUACAUUUGCGAGUCUUGCAGGGCUCUUGCAUGGAUUGCAAUUAUGUCAUUUAUUUUGAAUAUUUUCUCAUCAGUUUGUUGAAUUGAUUAUUGUAAAGUUUUCAUUUGACCGCUGAACUAAAAUGUUAAGCAUCAGGCCACACAAUUGGAAACAGAAACAGAAGAUCAUGAAGAACACUGGCUGAAUGAAAAGAGGCAAGAAUUGAUGGUAUUUAUUGUUCAUGUACCUCAUGACAUUUUUUUAUUUAUUUACUUUCUUUAUUCAGGUUUUAUUUACUGACACCACAGUACGCAACAAUUUUUGUGUUGCAGCAUUUAUGUAUGUUGUAUCAGACUGACCCAAAUACAAUGUGCCAAUAGGUGGACUGAUGUUGAAAUGUGUGCAGUGUAGUUAGCUCUUAUGAAUCAUAGAAAUACCACACACCUAGCUCCUAUUACUAGUUGACAAAAAAAGCGUGUUGAAUAGAUCUAUAUUUUUGUUAUUUCAUGUAUGUACAGUGAAUGUAACUUGUGUAAUAAAUGUUUCUGUUUUUUGAAAUAAAGCUGUAACUAUCAAACUCA